AUUUCAUGAUUAUUUUUUUAAUCAAGAAAAAUGUUGUUGAAUAGAAAACAAAAGUUGUUUCAAUUCUUCUCAAAUCCUGAUUUUUUUUUUCAAAAUUUUCUAUUAAAUAUAAUUAAUUUAUUUUGUUAAUUUUAAUAUUUGUUGCAUUCUAGGAGGUUGUAGCAAGAGAAAUAACACAAGAAACGACAUCUAGAAAAUUCUUUACCCAAAUCUUUCCAAGCAUACGCGGCACACCGAUACGCCGAUACACCCAGCGGCAAACUGACUCGGUGAGUAGCGAGAGGAGGUUAUCUCCAUCAACGUACUCCAUCUCGGUGAGCAUGAUGUGGGACGACUGGAAUAACUGGGACGACGACGUUUCGCAACCCCAAGAAGAGCCACCCCCUGAUUCUCCCCUCAAUUUCGAUUUCCUUUCUCUUCUAUCCAAGCCCAAGGAUUACUAUGGGAUGUUGGAGGUGGAUUAUGAUGCUACGGAGGAUGCCAUCAGGUCCAAUUUUAUCCGUCUCGCAUUGAAAUGGCAUCCAGACAAGCAGAAAGAUCCGGACAACUCCACUAUAAGAUUUCAGGAGAUAAAUGAGGCUUACCAGGUUUUGAGUGAUCCUGCCAAAAGGAGGGAAUAUGACAAGAGAAAAGGAUUGCUACAUGUCUAUGAUUAUAACAUGAUUGAAUACCUGGAUCGUAAUAAAGGUCUUAUAUUAACAUGCAAUGGCCUUGGGAUCAGGCAUUCAAUAUGGUGAAUCAAAAAGACAUGCACAGAUAUCUUUUAGUACAUCUGAUACGAUUCUUGCAGUACUGGCACUUAUUUGCUCAUACUGCAAGUUGCACAGUUGGGGAUGCAAAACUGCAGCACGUAGUGGAGGAUUAGAAUUCACCUUUGUUAAUGUAUAGUAAAAACUGGGAGAAAAAGGACGAAGUACCCCUUACCUUCAUGUCAUCUAACAUCUUAUGCUUGUCCGCUUUAUAUCCUGUUUUGGGGCUGUUGAAGGGCGAAUCUUUCACAGCUGUUGUUUUUCUCAUCUCUGGAGAAGUGGUGAGCUCUUGAUUGCUCAAAAUUCUGGAUGAAAUAAACAAAUUUGAACUUCUAGAUAAAUGACAUUCAAGGAAAGAUGAUUAUGAGACA